UCUUGAAUCUUCUGUCAUCCUGAUUUGAACUUGUUUGUCGACUGUUUUCUGAAUUUUCUGUCACCCUGAGUCUCUGACACGACUUCUUGCCAUUUACUGCUAAAGAAGUGACAGAGAUGUCCAGAGUGCAGGUUUCAGGAGCUGCGAGGGGGAACUUCUCCCCUCAGCGCCCGCGCAGGAUCGUGCGUCGGAGUCUGUUCGGACCUGUGGAUCACGGCGAGCUGGACCGGGACAUCGAGGCGAAGCUGCGCGAGAUCUCCGGAAAGGAAGAACAAGCGUGGAAUUUUAACUUCGCCUCCGGGACGCCGCUGUUCGGAGAUUACGAGUGGGAGGGAGCGGCGGCGGAGGCUACGCCGGCGUUCUACCAGGAGUCGGUAAAAGCAGGGAAGAAGAGGCCUGAUGCUGUGCAGGUUCAGCCGCACACAGAGGCUCCGAACCGGAAUGCAAGAACCGAGGGCACGCGCACAGGACGGAAGGCAGGCUGCACUAAGACGAGGAAAGCACGCGCACGGGUUUCUACAUCCCCAUGCCGCAUUACAGAUUUUCUCGUCAAACGAAAGAAGCCAGGACCUGAGAGAGUGUCUCAGAAAGCCCUCAGCUCCCUCUCCUCUGAGGAAACGCCACGGACACGACUUCGGUGAAGUUUGGCUGGCUGUGACAUUAUCAGCAAGGAGACCAGACUUCGCAGGCAGUCACGUUGUGGUGCAUCUGCAGGACCUGCUGGCGGGAGGAGCCGAGCUUGAUGGACAGUUUGCAGCCUGAGCCGCGCCUCCGCCUGAGCCUCCCGAGUUGUUCCCGGCCUUGUCUCAGAUUUGCUGGAAUGGCGACCUGUACACUCCAAUUUCGAGAACUCUAUGUCUGCUCCACCUCCCGGGUUCAAGGACACCAUGUCUGCGCCAUCUCUUGGGUUUAAGGACGCCGUCUCUGCUCCACCUCCCAGGUUCAAGGACACCGUGUCUGUGCCACCUCCUGGGUUCGAGGACGCCGUCUCUGCUCCGCCUUCCGGGUUUAAAGACUCACAACAUGUACACAUUAACACACUGAGUAAAACAAUUUGUUUUGCUGGAACACAUAACAGGC